ACCUGGCUGCCUAUAGUUCUCGGUCUUCACCAGCUAGGACAGUCUGUUGUAAACACUUCCAUUCACGUCCUGUCCUAAAAGAAUGGAUCCCCAAAGCAUGAGGGAAGAUCUCCGUCUGUUUCAGAGCACUUUGCUGCAGGAUGGACUCAAAGAGCUCCUGAAUGAGAAUAAGUUAAUUGACUGUGUCCUAAAGGUUGAAGACCGAAGCAUCCCCUGCCAUCGGCUUAUUCUGUCAGCUUGUAGUCCUUAUUUCCGGGAGCUGUACUUCUCAAACGAUGGCAAGGAAAUGGAUCAAAUGGAGGUUGUUCUGGAGAACCUGGACCCCGUUGUUAUGGAGGCCAUUGUAAAUCACAUGUACUCAGCAGAGAUUGACAUCAAUGACAACAACGUGCAGGAUAUUUUGGCUGCUGCCAACCGCUUCCAGAUCCCCUCAGUGUUCACAGUUUGUGUGAAUUAUCUCCAGAAGACGCUGUCAAAGAAAAACUGCCUUGCCAUCUACAGGCUGGGACUGAUGCUGAACAGCGCCAGACUGGCAAUGGCAGCUCGAGAUUACAUUGCAGAUCGAUUUGAGACCAUAGCAAAUGAUGAGGAUUUCUUAGAGCUCGCUCCACCUGAGUUCUUUGCCAUUAUUGGAGCAGAUGCAUUGAAUGUAGAAAAGGAGGAACUAGUGUUUGAGACCUUCAUGAGGUGGAUCAGAAAAGACAAAGAGAAGCGUGUGAAAUCCUUAGAGGAGGCCUUUGAUUGCAUUCGUUUCCGUUUGCUCCCAGAGAAGUACUUUAAGGAGAAGGUGGAGAAGGAUGACCUCAUUAAGGCUGAUCCGGAGCUUCUCAAAAAAAUCAAAGUCAUAAAGGAAGCCUUUGCAGGGAAGCUGCCUGAGAAGAAAAAGGGAAAAGAUGAUGAGGAAGGAGAGGAGGAAAAAUUGCCCGGCUAUCUGAAUGAUAACCGCAGAUACGGCAUGUAUGCCAAAGACAUGGUUCUGAUGAUCAAUGACACUGCUGCCGUGGCUUAUGAUGCCCAGGAGAAUGAAUGUUUGCUUGCUGCAAUGGCUGAGCAGAUCCCACGAAACCACGUCAGCCUGGUAACAAGGAAGAACAAUCUGUACGUGUUGGGAGGACUGUUUGUGGAUGAAGAGGACAAAGAAAACCCAUUGCAGUGUUACUUCUACCAGUUGGACAGUCUCACUGCUGAAUGGAUCGCUCUGCCACCCAUGCCCUCCCCGAGGUGUUUGUUUGCUGUAGGUGAAUGUGACAAUCUCCUUUUUGCUGUGGCAGGAAAAGAUUUACAGUCCAAUGAGUCUCAUGACACUGUUCUGUGCUAUGACAUUGACAAAAUGAAAUGGACUCAAACAAAAAAGUUGCCCUUGAACAUCCACGGCCACUGUGUUGUCUCUGAGAACGGGCUGGUGUACUGUAUUGGAGGAAAAACAGAUGACAAUAAAGCGACCAAUAAGAUGUUUGCAUACAGCCACAAGAGGUCAGAGUGGAAAGAAGUGGCUUCCAUGAAGACGCCCAGAUCCAUGUUUGGGGCAGUUAUCCAUAACGGGAAGAUUGUUGUCGCUGGGGGAGUCAAUGAGGAAGGCCUCACAGCUGCAUGUGAAGCCUAUGACUUUGGAACCAACAAGUGGUCACCCUUUCCAGAUUUGCCCCAGGAGAGGAGCUCAGUCAACCUGGUGAGCUGUGGAGGGCAGUUGUACACUGUUGGAGGCUUCGCCUUGGUGGAGAACGAGAACGAAUGCGCACCCAGUGAGAUCAUCGACAUUUGGCUGUAUGAAGAUGACAAGAAACAGUGGACUGGUAUGAUCAAAGAGAUGCGUUAUGCAGCUGGAGCCUCCUGUGUGUCCAUGCGUCUAAAUGCAGCCAGAAUGCCCCAUCUGUAACAACAGUCUAGGGACAUAUAAAGCACGUUCACUUUACUACUGUAGGCAAUAAUAUUAUGUACAUGCUCUUAUUUAGCGGCUUGUUGUCAUUUAACAUAUCACACGUCCUCUUUGCCUGUUCUGAGUGUUUCUAUGAAAUGUGUUAUAGUUUUAAUUGGCUUAUUUCUUGUCGUUUGGACCAGACUUAGUUGAUUCUGAUCUUCUAAAACGCAUCACUUGUUGAGAAUUCCCCACUUUCACCGCUUAAUUACGAGUUUUUAUUAUUAUUACUGUUAGCUGGUUAGGUUUGCAUAGAAAUGUUUUCUUCUUUUAAUCUGAAAAUGUUCCUCUUCCAGUCAGUUACAACAAGUACCUUGUAACUCUUCAGUAUUAAAGGUGCACUAUGAGUUCCAGCAUGGUUUCAUCGCAAUUUCAUUUUUGUCUCAAAUCGUAGGCAGCUCUCCUUGAUCCGCUAGCUGCCUGCCCCAUGAAUACACUGUGAAAAAGCCCGGUCUGGGGAGACAACAUAGGGGUCGUAAAUGUCAAACAAACACUUGAGGCACAGGCUGUGCACCAAAAUACAACAAACCACUCCAGCCAAUCCCCGACAAGAUGGUUGGGGGUGGGGGUUAGUGACAGUUAGUCAGUUAGUCAUGACAGAAGCAUGGGGGGAGGGCCGAGCUUGCUCUGUUUUGUUUGGUAUUUACUUGGAAUGUCAACAGAAGUGACCACGCAGGAACUCAUAGUGCACCUUUAAAACAUCAUUUCCACAGGCUUACUGUGUCUGUUUGACCUUUUAGAUUGGUUUGUUUUCAAGCAAUACUACACGGCUCAUAUGAUUAUUCAAAAUAGUGUGGCCCUGUCAUGACAAGUUUCACUUAAAAUGUUUUAAUGCUGUUGUAUGAGAAGUCACUAGUAUAGUCAGAACAUAAAGGUUCAGUUAAAUGUUGAGGCCUUUUUAAUGUAUGAAUAAGAGUCUGGAUAUGUCACAUAUGUAAGGGAUAAAAUGUAGUCUUGGGAAAAUGUCUGCCAAUGUUCAUGUUCAAAAGCUCUACAAUCACAGUUUAAAUGUUUGUGUGAAUUGGUAAACAAUACUCCCAAAGAGGA